AAUUCAGCCGUGUCCUGGGCUCCCACACGUGAAGGACAGAGGCAGAGGAAAGCUGCUGUGGGUGUUUGCCAUCGCUGCACAGGAUCCCUGUCACUCUUAUGAGCGGGCUACGGGCGCCUGCCGCGCAGGAAGAGGGAGUCUGUGGCCCACAUGAGCUUCAAGGCGGCCGCAGCCCUCCUGCGUGGGCGCUCUGUCCUGGAGCCACUGGCUCCCAAGCAGAGGAGCAAGAGGAGCUUCCUGUACCCCAGCUUCAUGGACGAGGACAUGGUGGAUGCUGCUGAUACCCUGGACUCGUCCUUCUUCAGUAAGAUGGACAUGCACGAUGAGACGUACUCCAUGCCCGAUGACGUCUUUGAGUCGCCUCCUCUGUCAGCCACGUACCUACGCAUGCACCAGGUGGCAGAGGAAGCCAGGGUGUCCCCUGAGGUGGAGCAGCCCAUCCCGAGCCAUGCAUUCCCUGCUGCAUCCUCAGUGUCUCCACGUUCCCUGCAGGAGACACUGGCAACGUUCAUCAAGUGGCCAGGCAGCAAUGCACCAGCCAUGGGCUCAGGAGAGAAGAGGACCUCGGGGGCAGUGUGUCACCAGGACCCCAGGACGUGUGAGGAGCCUGCGUCCAACCCACCCCAUGUGUGGCCAGACGACAUCACCAAGUGGCCGAUCUGCACCUACGAGACCAAAACCAACCACACGGGCUUGGCCCACCUGGACUGCGAGAUCAAGGGCAGGCCCUGCUGCAUCGGCACCAAGGGCAGCUGUGAGAUCACCACGCGGGAGUACUGCGACUUCAUGCACGGCUACUUCCACGAGGAGGCAACGCUCUGCUCGCAGGUGCACUGCCUGGACGAGGUCUGUGGGCUCCUGCCCUUCCUGAACCCGGAGGUCCCUGACCAGUUCUACCGCCUGUGGCUGUCCCUGUUCCUGCACGCCGGCAUCAUCCACUGCCUGGUGUCAGUGACAUUCCAGAUGACAGUGCUGCGGGACCUGGAGAAGCUGGCGGGCUGGCACCGCAUCUCCAUCAUCUUCAUCCUCAGUGGCAUCACGGGCAACCUGGCCAGUGCCAUCUUCCUACCCUACAGGGCAGAGGUGGGCCCUGCCGGCUCCCAGUUCGGCUUGCUGGCCUGCCUCUUCGUGGAGCUCUUCCAAAGCUGGCAAGUGCUGGAGAAACCCUGGAAAGCCUUCCUCAACCUCUUCGGCAUCGUCCUCUUCCUCUUCAUCUGUGGCCUCUUGCCCUGGAUCGACAACAUUGCCCACCUGUUUGGUUUCCUGAGCGGGCUCCUGCUGUCCUUCGCCUUCCUGCCCUACAUCACCUUCGGCACGGUGGACAAGCUGCGCAAGCGGGCCAUGAUCAUCGUGUCCCUGCUGGUCUUCCUGGGGCUCUUUGCCUCGCUGGUGGUGUGGCUCUACGUGUACCCCGUCAACUGGCGCUGGGUGGAGUACCUCACCUGCCUGCCCUUCACCAGCAAGUUCUGUGAGAAGUACGAGCUGGAGCAGGUCCUGCACUGACCCUGCCAUGUUCCCAUGGGGUGGGUACUGCCCAGCCUGUGGGAUGUGGUGGUGGCUGCUCCAGGAUGGGGCAAACUCUGGGCAUGGCUCCAUCCUCAGGGAGGGAGGGUUUGGGGUACCCCUUGCUCAGUGCUGGGGAUGUAGGGCUGAGCCAGCCCUGCCUUGAUCCCCUCCUGAUGCUGGAAAGCCAUAACUGGCCUGGGGAUGGACCCUGGCUGCUGCCUGUGUGGGGAAAGUGCUGAGGGAGGCUGGAUCUUGGUGUAUCUAUGGGCAGGCUGCACUGCCAGUCCUGGGGUGAAGUUGCUGAAGUCUCCAGCCUGUGUCCCUGCCUGCCUGGGGCCCCAUCCCAGCUCAGUGCCCUGCAGUGCUGCAGCUCAUACUGUGAACACAACCCCCUUUUUGCAGGGGCACUUUUUUUAUCCACAGCUCUUUAGGCCCAGGGUUUCCCCCUUUUGGGCUCUCUGGAGUCUCUGUCGUGGCUCCAAGAUUUUCAGGGCUGAGCUUUAAAGAUAUUUUUCAGUCCUGUUCCCCCUGAGGUCCCCAAGGAGGGUUGUGCCUUCCCGCCUGGCUCCUCACUGGAUGGAGAGGCAGGACUUGGGGCAGGGGGUUUUUCCUUCCCUUAUUUCAGUGAAAUUCUCCUUUUGGAAGGGGAGGAGUGGCAGGGACUCUAUUUAUAGUGCCAUGGUGGGAGGCAGACAUGGAGAAAAUCCCCCUGGGGGACUCCUGUGGCUGCUUCUGGAGCCCACAGCCCUCUCAGGAAGCUGUCAGUGCUCCCACCUUCUGCCUUGAGUCCCUGCUGGUUCCCCUUUCCCUUUUGCAAAGCAUGGAGACCCAGGCAGCCCUUCCUUCCUUGCUCCAGUGGUGCUGCUCAGGUGUGGAAGUGCAGGAUGGGGCUGUCACCUCCCCUCUCCCUGCCUGAGACUGCCCUGUCCCAGCUGCUCUCCCCAGCAUCUCCUCCUCCUCCUCAGCACCAGCCGUGGCACGAAGGCAGGUCCUUCCUGGGGUCCAGGUGACCCCUCUGGGCUGGUUUGGACCCAGGCUGGUGCCAGGCUGUCUCUCCCCCGAGAUGUGUUGCUUUGGUGCUGGAGGCCUCAGUGCUUUUAAGUGGGGGUUGCCCCAGUUAGGAUGUCCUGGGAAGAAUAUUCAAGGGCUGACAGCCUGGUUCCCUCCACAGCCACUGAGUGAGCCCAGGAGCAUCUGCAUCCAUCCCUGCAUCCCUCCCUCCACCCUGGGCCAGUUUCCAGCCCCACUCUGUCCCUCCAGUUGCUGCUCCAGCCAAAGACAGACACUUCACCUCAUUUGUCUCUUUUUUGAUACUUUUUUAAAAAGCUGUGGGUUCCCCCCAUCCUUAAUAAAUUUCUACCUGUAUUUAAUGAGA